UCUGUGGAGACGAUGAUAACAACAUUGGAUCCUGGCAUGAAAGCUGUUAUAUACUCAGGUGGUGAUGUUGAUGUGAUCAUAACGACAACAAACGAUGAAGUGGUCAGUGGUGUCAGGCAGGCUUUCCAGGAAGUCUUUGGGAAAGCCACUGUUAAUGGAGUGGAAAGUAGAUCAGACAUAGCAGUCCAACCAGUUGGUUUCAUGUCUGGCUUGAAUGGGGCAGGGAAUAAAAUUAUGAAUCUCAGAAAUUCUGGCUCAGUUCACGAAAGACAAACCUUGGUGUCGUAUGAAGGAUUCAUUCACGAAAUUUUUACUGAUCAGUGGUUCUUCAUUGGGUGUUUAACAUUGAAAGAUCCAUUGAGAAACAUUGAUGUCAGCACGUUCACCCAGGCAAUCCCUUUAAAUCCGGCUUUUGUCCAGCUGGCUCAGGAAUUUACUCCAACUGAUUAUGAUUUGAGGUGGUCUGGAUUGGCGGUCAGUGUCGGAGAGACGAUAAACAGAAGUCUUCCCCACGUUCAUCCAACUUUUUGGCACAAAGACAUCGCAGGAGUAACGCUGAGGACCAUGGUGUAUCAGGCCGCGAUUGCUCUGGCUACCUUGUACAAAAAUAACUCAAAUUUUCAUCAUUUUCACCAUCAUCAUUAG